AUGUUGGCAAUUUAAAUUUUCAUUUUAAUAGUCUCAACACUCUUUGGAUUAUCAUUUUAAUCAUAAAUAUGUCCAGACAUAAUAUAUGAUUGUGUUAAAUUGUUUAUAUUUAGCACCCUUUUAAUAGAACACUAUUGGAUACUCAUAGGUUUAUUUCUAUUUAUUUGGUUAAGAGAAUUAAUAAAAAAGUUUGAUCCUGAAAAAAAAUUAGAACUACCUAAUAUGUAAUAGCAAUUAUAAUAAAACACGAUACAGAGUUCAAAAGCAAAGUUAUCAUCUUUAUCUGUAGAAGUUAUAGAAUCUGCAGUUGAGGCAGUCUAAAUAUACGAUUAUGUAACAGGAGAAAGUUAGUAUGCAAUCUUAUAGAAGGCUGAUAAGAGUUAAUUGGCAUAGUUAGGAAUUACUUUAAAGAAUACAGUAUUAUUAGAGAAAGGAAGGAUAAUGGAUUCAAAUUAAACAUCUAAAUUAAUAUCUCAAAUAGAUAAUCAGAAAAAAGGGAAUGAUGCUCAAUAAAUUUCAAUUAAAUAUGAAGAUAAUAGUGAAUAUUUAAGAAAUUAAAACAGAAUUCAGAAAUCAAUACCAUUUAAAAUUGGUGAUUUUGAUCAAUAGAUGGGUGAAAUAAUUUAAGUAGAGAUCUUGUCUAAUGAAUAAUUAGAUAAUUAAUAGAGUGGAUUUUAAGAUUAAGAUUAAAAUCGUGUUUAAUAAUAAAUAGUUUUUGAGUAUAUUCUUUUAGUAAUGUUAUAUGGUAUAAAUAAAGUAUUAUUUAUUAGCUGGUGGAAUAUCUUAAGUGAAAAACAUAUAUCUAUAAAUAUUUGAUUCAUUAUUAUUUGGAUUUGUAAUACAUAGUGGAGUUUAAAGAUAGCAACUUUUUACUUUAACUCAUUUCUUUAUUAAUUUUAGCAUCAUUUUGGGAUGCUGCAUUAUAUAUACUUUAGGGAUUUACUUAAAGUUUCAAAUAUUCAUUAUUGGGGGGCUAGUUUUAUCAUUUUAGAAAGUAAAUGCCAAUUUGUAAAUGAUAAUAAUUCCAUUGACUACUUUGCUGAAAAUAUUUAUAAUCUGA